CUGAAUUAAAUUAUAAAUUAUCUUAAUUUCACUAUAAAGGUAAGUUUAUGAACCUCAGCUGUAGAAUGCAUCGAAGCUCAAUUUACGAAGGACUCACACUUUAUGAUUCUGGACUCUCUGAAGGUGAAGCCAAAUGGGUCAGGAAUUCACGGCUUUAUCAUAUAAUAUGAUGGUUCUUGAACCUGCUUAUGGUAUUGUGACUCGCCUACAUUAUCUGGGAAAAGUUUGAAUCUGUGUUCAUGGGCUAUAUUGUUUUCUCAUGAUUUGCUCUCACAGCUUCUAUUAUUUAUGCAAGAAGGUAUAAAUCGUGGUAUGGUCAUAAUAUUUUAAUCUACUUUAUCCUUGGAAUAUUCAUUGUGAUUAAUUUCAUACUGUUCGGUGUGAUAAUAAUGGCUGAGUUAUAUCCAUUAGAAGCAGCAAAAGAGUACAGACAAACUCAAGAUACUUGGUAUAAUAUUUCUCUGACUCUUCUGUUCUUUUUCAUUCCUGUGCUGCACUCUUUGGCAAUAGUGUAUUUGUUUUCCGUUAGAAGAUAUUGAGAAACACGAGUUUUAAAAGAAAGAGGAGGACUCAAACAACCCCAUGGAAAACAUAUCUUGGAAUACAAUCCUCAAAAGGACGAUAAAGAUUACGAACAAAAUUUUGGGGACGUCUUUAGGUUUAAUUAGAGACUUUUCGCCUAUUUAACUCAAUGCUAAUAUUCAGCUUAAAUUUUC